AAAUCAUGAUCUUGUAUUUGGAGAUUUAUGAUAUCAGAGAGAUUUUAUAAUUUGAUCUUCAGAUUUUGAUGGUAUUAGUUUGUGAUUUGAAUAAAUCCCGAGCCUUGUGCACUUGUGGGACCCGUCUCACGAGUGCACGGCGUCUGCCACGUCCCUGGAUUUGGGUUCUGGGGCGUGACAGAUAAAGUGGUAUCAGAGCUUAGAUUUUGAUGGUAUUAGUUUGUGAUUUGAAUAAAUCCCGAGCCUUGUGCACUUGUGGGACCCGUCUCACGAGUGCACGGCAUCUGCCACGUCCCUGGAUUUGGGUUCUGGGACGUGACAUUGACAAAGAGCAAGCAAGUGUGGAAUAAGCACGUAAAGUACCUCGUAUUAGUGCUCGACUAUAAUCCGGUAGUUGUGAAUGUGUUUUGUAAUUCACUUCUCAGUAGACACCAUAUGCUUUCCUAGGCUUAAUUUCUCAAAGCUUGCUUUUUCUUAAAUGAUUUUCAUAAACUAUUGGAAAAUUUGGUCUACUAGCUUUGUCGUAUGGAUCUUGAGAAACUUUUUUUACUUAUUUCGUUUAUUGCAGUUUUAUAUUUUCUAAUUAUUUGAUCGAUGGGAUUUGAAUCCUGUUCAUCCACUGUUAUUGUCAUUUCUUGAUUAUUAAAAGGCUGUCUUCUUC